AUGAAGAAGUUUCGAAAGGUGUUGGACGGCUUGACCACCUCCUCUCCGGGAGGAACUAUCGGAUCCCCAUCGGGCGGCAGCGCGGCCGGGACUCCCACCGCGACACCAACUCCCAGGGAAAUCGACAUCCAGGAGACGCUCGUUUCGGAAAACUUUCAGCUGUGUAAGACGGUGCGUCAUGGUUUCCCUUAUCAGCCCACUGCUUUGGCCUUUGACCCUGUGCAGAAGAUCCUGGCCAUUGGCUCCAGGACAGGGGGUGUACGGAUACUGGGACGACCCGGGGUGGACUGCUACUGUCAGCAUGAGAGCGGAGCAGCGGUUCUUCAACUGCAGUUCCUCAUCAAUGAGGGGGCGCUGGUCACAGCCUGUGCAGAUGACACGCUUCACUUGUGGAAUCUCCGUCAGAGGCGGCCAGCUGUCCUUCAUUCACUCAAAUUCAACAGAGAGAGGAUCACAUUUUGCCACCUUCCCUUUCAGAGUAAAUGGCUGUACGUGGGGACAGAGCGUGGAAACACACACAUCGUCAACAUUGAGUCCUUCAUUUUGUCUGGAUACGUCAUCAUGUGGAACAAGGCCAUAGAACUAUCAACUAAAACUCAUCCAGGACCUGUGGUUCAUUUAAGUGACAGCCCAAAGGAUGAAGGCAAGCUGCUUAUAGGGUUUGAGAGUGGGACGAUCGUACAAUGGGACCUCCGGCUUAAGAAGGCCGACUUCAGAAUCUACUACGAUGAGGCCAUCCAUUCAGUCAGCUGGCAUCAUGAAGGGAAACAGUUCAUGUGCAGUCACUCAGACGGCAGCCUAUCGAUGUGGAACCUCAGAAACACCACCAAGCCAUUCCAGGUCACCUUCCCUCAUGGAAAGAUACAGAAGGAUGGGAGAAAGGAGUCAUGUAAACCCAUACUUAAAGUGGAGUACAAGACCUCAAGGAACAGCGAGCCUUUUUUUAUCUUCUCUGGCGGUCUUUCAUAUGACAAGGCAGGGCGGCGGCCAACGUUAACCAUCAUGCACGGCAAGGCCAUCACUGUGCUGGAGAUGGACUAUCCUAUUGUAGAGUUCAUGGCACUCUGCGAGACUCCUUACAACAACGAGGUCCAGGAGCCUUACGCAGUGGUGGUGCUUUUGGAGAAGGACUUAAUCGUGGUGGAUCUGACACAGAGCAACUACCCUGUCUUUGAGAAUCCUUACCCCAUGGACAUCCAUGAGUCUCCAGUUACCUGCACAGCCUAUUUUGCGGACUGUCCGCCCGACAUUAUCCCCAUCCUAUACUCAAUAGGAGUUAAACACAAGAAAACUGGCUAUAGCCAAAAGGAGUGGCCAGUCGGGGGAGGAACAUGGACUUUAGGCUCCCACACUUACCCAGAGAUCAUUAUCACAGGACAUGCUGAUGGAUCAAUUAAGUUUUGGGACGCAUCAGCAAUCACACUACAGAUGUUGUACAAGCUGAAGACCUCCAAAGCGUUUGAGAAGCCAAAGCCAAGUGAGGGCAGGGUGGCCGAUUUGGUGGAGGAUGACCCCUUUGCUAUUCAGAUGGUCAGCUGGUGCCCCCAGAGUCGCAUCUUCUGUGUGGUUGGCAUCUCAGCCCACAUCAUCCUGUAUCGCUUCAGCAAAUAUGAUGCCAACACUCAGAUAGUGUCACUAGAGGUGCGCUUACAGUGUGAGGCGGAGGAUGUCAUUUCUCCAUCCGAGAAUGAAAACAAUCCCUGCUUCACAGAGUCCGGCACCCACUCACCACAACCCCACCACCAACACGCAGCUAGCCCCGGCAGUGGGACAACUGAGGGUAACAAAGACAGCAAUCCCUGCCUUAAGGUGAAGGACAGGAUGGUUCGGGUCCCUCCUGGCUACCAAGCAGAGCUGGUUGUCCAGCUGCUGUGGGCAGAUGGAGAACCUCCACAACAAAUCACCAGCCUGGACAUCAACUCUGCUUAUGGCCUUUUGGCGUUUGGGAACUGCAACGGCCUAGCAGUGGUGGAUUACUUGCAGAAAACCAUCCUUUUGUGUAUGUCGACACUGGAUCUGUAUGGAGCCGCAGACCCAUACCAGCGCCUUACCCGCUCCCCACGCAGGAACAGACAGUCCACCUCAGGCCUUACUGAACUCUCUGACAACCAGCAGUCCAUUGACAUGGAUAGAAGCAAGUCGCCCACCUCAGUAAAGGGACCCGGCAGAAAGUUAAGUCUGCCGACAGAUCUUAAGACUGAUCUUGAUCAUGUCAAUGGACAUUGCACUAGUCCCGCCUCCCAGUCCUGCUCGGCAGGGAAGCCUCGUGUCCCGAUGGGUCCCGAGGGGCCACGGCUUACCCGCAGAGGCCCUGGCCGACCGCCCUUCCGCAAGGCCCAGUCCGCUGCUUGCAUGGAGAUCUCUUUGCCUGUGUCCCACACUGAAGCUGCUGCAACAGAGAGUCGUGAAAACUCCUUCAGCCGUUCACGCAGUUCCAGUGUGUCCAGCAUCGAUCGCGACACCAAAGAGGCUAUCACAACACUGCAGUUCGGAGAGUCCUAUGCGCGCAAGAGUGACACCCUGCCCACCCCAUGUCUGUGGGUGGGCACCAGCUUAGGCGUGGUCCUGCUCAUCCCAAUGUCCAUUCCCACCGAUCACGAGGAGAGGAUGGAGGAACCUGUGACCAUCGGCCCCAGCGGCACAGUCCUGAUGCUGAAGGGCUCCGUGUUGCGCAUUAGCUUCCUGGACUGCAUGGGAGCGCUCAUUCAGAGCCCCUACGAGGUUUGGCGGGACCUCAACGCCCAUGAGGACCCUGACCGAAUGCGGAGUCGCAAGCUGGUCCACAUUUCACCAUCAUCCUCCCAGGACACCUGCGGAGAGGGACAUCUGGCGGUGGUGUGCUCCGAGAAGCAAGCCAAAGUAUUCUUGAUGCCCUCGCAGUCUUGCCUCUUUGUCCACAACAUCACUGAGUCAUCCUUUGUACUGAGAGCCGACGUGGUAUCUGUGUGCAACAGUGUGUGCCUGGCCUGCUUCUGUGCUAACGGGCACGUCAUGACACUCAGUUUGCCAAGUCUAAGACCACUCUUGGAUGUCAAUUACCUGCCUCUUGCAGACAUGCGCAUUGCAAGAACCUUUUGCUUCACCCACGGGGGGCAGGCAUUAUAUCUCAGCUCCCCGACAGAGAUCCAGAGAAUUACAUACAGCCAGGAGAUGUGUGACAACCUGCAGGAAAUGCUGGGGGAGCUGUUUACACCAAUAGAAACACCAGAAGCCCAGAACAGAGGCUUUCUAAAGGGCUUCUUUGGAGGAAAUUCUCAUAACUUCGACAGAGAGGAGCUCUUUGGUGAGGCAGCAGCUGGGAAGGGUUCUCGGAGUCUGGCCCAGCACAUCCCUGGGCAGGCGGGGAUGGAGGGCAUGAAGGUGGCAGCUUCCGGAGUGGUGGGGGAUCUGGCACGGGCCCGCAUUGCUCUGGAUGAGAGAGGCCAAAGGCUGGGGGAGCUGGAGGAGCGAACCGCCCUAAUGAUGACCAGUGCAGAAACUUUCUCAAAACACGCUCAUGAGGUGAUGCUAAAGUGCAAGGACAAGAAGUGGUACCAGUUGUAAUAGCAGGAAAGAGAGCUGAGGCUGCCCUUGGACUGCUGGGAGAGUUAUGCCGGGACAGGGACUUUCACUCUACAAAUAAGAGCAAUGAAAGAAAGACUCAAGAGUGACUUUGUCUUCACGGCUUCUGGACUGGCUACAGCACUGUCACGUUGUUAAAGGACGAGCCGGUGUUAGUUCCUUGUCUAGACAUGUAGUGAUGAGGACAGCAAGAGAAUGGUGAAUGGCGGCAUUUGGAGGACUGAAGAUGGAACUGGAAAUAUCCAACAUGUCUGUCUGUGAGUGUGUAUAUGGUGUGGGGUGUUGGGUUUUCUGGACCUCUCUGUGUAGAUACUCAAAAGUUAAGAAACCAACCAGAAAUGCAUGAAACAAACAUGGAUGACUAUUACAAAUAUCCAACUGCCAUAUUAAAAAGCAGCAUGCUACUUUAACAGGAGAUACAAAAAUAAAAAAAGUUUUAUUUAAUGAUGUAAGCCAACAACAGAAACUAUGAAAAACUUUAUAUUUUUUGAAAUAUUGACAAAAAGCUAUAUAUAUAUCUAUAAAGGGAAAUGUAUACCUGCAUUGCUAUUAAGCCAAAACUUGUGUUCCUUUCCCUUCUUUUCUUUAUUUAAAUUUUUGAUUUAUUUAACAUUUUUAUUCUUAGUCUCAGCAAAUAUUAAAUGCUACAAUAUAGAUGCACAUACUUAGCUUUCUCUACACACACUUAAAAUAAUGCUGAAACUAUGUUCUUACCAAUUACUCUGGGCUGCACAGUGCAAACACGAAUCCGUAGUAUUUACACUUACCUCUGCACAGUCUAAUCACACUAAUUUCACUUUUCGGCGGCGGCUGCUGCUACUACUUACAAAAGCAUUAAAUAAUGAUGAGAAAUAUCUCACUCCCCAACUACAGUUGUAUGAAAAUAAGGAACAGAUUGGUGUGAGACGUAUUCUAAGGCUGGAAGACUUAACCGUGUAUUCUGGACACAGUGUGUUUAUAGCUGUAGUAUGAACCUAUAUACUAUUCACGUGCCAUAAAAAACAAGAUGAGUGAAUCCACUCACUGUAAACUAACCAAGAGCUAAUAUGUGGUAGUCAUAUGUUUUCUGUUUGAUCAGAACAGAUGAGACAUAGUACUGGGAGUUGGCCAUAGAGGGCAUUUAUCAAAGUCAAAUAAGUCAGUUUUCUUUAUGAAAAGAAAAAUACAAGGGUGUUUUUUCCUCUGUACGAGUUUAGUGAGCCAUUAGGUUGUGUGUGUGUUUGUUUGUGAGAGAGAGAGAGAGAGAGAGUGCCACAGAUGUUAAAACAACUGGACUCUUUCUCUUCCAAAAGCAAUCAAACAUGAAUGACACCCUCCCAUCUCUCAGCCUCAGUCUUUUAGAAGUUGCGGUUCAUGUGUGUUCAGGAUUGAACCUGAGCAGUUCUCUUUCCAUAAUCACAAACAAUAAUUUUAAAUGAUUGUCAAUGUCUUUGUGGCGGCAGUACAAAGAGGAGUUGGAAUCACAUCCACUUAAUUGCUACCAACUCCCUUGUGAGUCGUUUAUCAGUAAAAGGUUCAGGAGAAGUAACAGUAUUUUUUUUUUCAGUGAUGUUCCGAUGUGAGUCAGUGACGAAACUAUGUACAUGUGUAAUACAUUUGCAACAAUUUCAAAUGAAGGCAAAUAUGUUCUUUUUUUCGUUCAAUAUUGUUCUUGAUGACUAUGGUAUCCUCUUGUCCUAGUCUUAUAUUUGAUGGUGACGGCCUUUCAACCGAAGGCUCUUGUAUGUUUAAAACAACAGAUGUUCCAUGAUACAUGGUUGUGUAUCAUAUUGUGAUUGUGUUGUACAUGUCAAUGGGUAGCCACAUGACACGGGCAAACAACCUUAACUGAGGAGCAUAUUUUGUACUUGUGUAUUUGUCUGUACUUUGAAUUGAUCUGAAAAACCAAACAGGAUUAUUGAUAUCCAUUUCUCACACAUCAGGCCUUUAUGCACACAAGCAUUAACACACAUAAAGCGUUGCGCCUUGAUCAUGUUGACGUCACUCCCACAUAAAACAUGCACAGCGACACGUACACUCAAAACCUAAAAAAAACCAACUAGUGAAUCUAUCUGCAUUACUAGCAUAGACUAGUCAUUUCUGCCUGCUCCCUGUCAGGCUGCAGAGGCAUUACUUUAAACCGAUUUGUUUUCACCAAACCCAAAUCGCCUGACAUCCUAAAUCAGUCCCACGCAGAUUUCAGGAAUUACACAUGAUUUGAUUCAAUUAGGUGUCUUAAACGUGAAAAAAUGAAUUUCUCUCCUAUCUCUGUACCGUCAAUGAGAUUUGUGUCCAGUGCAGUCCUUUUCAAUGGCAGAGAAAACACACAUAAAAACAAAAAAAAAAACAACCAAAAUAAAAUAAUUAAAAAAAUAUCUGACUUCUACUUACAGGGUGUUUUGUUAGUAUGUUUUUCUGUUUGUAUGUUUUUGGUUUUUUAUUAACUGUACAGUUCAAUCUUGAGAGAAAGGUGAAACAAACAAAAAAAAAAAACGAUAAAAGAUAAAGACAUUCUUGGGAUAUUUUUCUCUGUAUAUGUUGUACCUGUUAAUGCUGGUACUGUUCUAUCUGGUAUUCUGGCUCUGUCUAAAUCACUGGUAGUUCUUCACACUGUAGUAUCCUGAAAAAAAAGAAAUUCUCUGGUUUUCGCAAUGAUGGCAGCAAAGUUUGUCUUAUUUAAAUGGAUUCUACCACUUUUUGUUCUUAUUGAUAUUAUACUAGUGUAAUAGAAAUUACUUGACAAAAAAAGAACUGAAAAAUAUGUUGAUGCAAAAGCAAAAUGAAAUAAACAUUGAUUGAUGUA